CGCUCUCUUUUUGAAAUUAGUUAACCGCCAUCCUGUUUCGAAACGAAACUUGGCUUAACAGAGUGUCAGUAACAGUGUGCAUUUUAAACGCAUUUUUCUUUCGAAAAACCUGCAAAAAAAGGUCACGCGUUUAUUUACUUUUUAAAAUUCAACCUUCAGCAAGAACUGGUUGUAAGGACAUGAAAAUGAAAGUAAAGAUACAUCGUGAAGAAUUAUGAUCUUUUUCUAUGGAUGUACAUAUUGAUCAAAAAGUGCCCGGUCACAAAAGCUCUUUGUAGAAGACAUUCAAGUUCUAAAUUUGACACUAACAUCACUUUUUCUGGACACCACAGCUGCCUGCCUUUCAUUUCUGUAAACACAGCCAGAGCGCUGCGGCACCAAAGCUAGCAGGAGCGAAAGCAGCGCUGCAUGCUGGGAUAGGCACCCUUGUGCACGGCUAGCCCUGUUGAAACCAAGAUGGCGGAAUUGAUUUUGUGGAGAUCAGAGAGUGGAACAGGCCUCAAAUGAAACAUCAGUUCAGUAAUCCAGGGACCUCCGUCGUUAUCGCAGCUGCAGCAAUAAACCCCCUUGCCGUCUUGCUGAAACCUCGUCGUGACUAGGGGAAUACCUUGCACAACCAAAUCACACUAUAUACACACACAACUGAGAGAGAAAGUCUCGUAUGAAUUCCGACGAGAAGCAGGACUGUGAGUGUGCGCCACCACAGGCCGAGCCAGCCCCUACAGGAGGAUCCGACAGAUCACCAGGAGAACCUGACAUAGAGAACCCUGAAGCAAGCCGAAUGAAGCGAGCAGCUGCAAAGCAUCUAAUAGAGCGCUACUACCACCAGUUAACUGAGGGCUGUGGAAAUGAGGCCUGCACGAAUGAGUUUUGUGCUUCCUGUCCGAGUUUCCAUCGUAUGGAUAACAAUGCAGCGGCCGUUAAGGCCCUCGAGCUUUAUAAGAUUAAUGCAAAACUCUGUGAUCCUCAUCCCUCCAAGAAAGGAACCAGUUCUGCUUACCUAGAAAACAGUGCCAAAGGAGCCCACAACAACUCGUGCAGUGACAGAAAAAUGAACCGGAAGGAAGCGCACGCUGCGAGAGAUGACUUUAAAGAUUUGAAUUACCUAACAGAGGAGAAGGUGUAUGAAAUCCUGGAGAUCUGUGGAGAGAAAGAAGAUUAUUCCCCGUUGAUACGUGUGAUUGGCAGAGUCUUCUCUAGUGCUGAAGGCUUGGUGCAGAGCUUCCGCAAGGCUAAGCAACACACUAAAGAAGAGCUGAAGUCCCUCCAGGGAAAGGACGAAGACAAGGAUGAGGAUGAGAAGGAGAAAGCUGCCUGUUCUGCUGCUGCUGCUGCUAUGGAGGAAGACUCAGGAGCCUCCUCUUCCAGGAUAGGAGAUGGUGCCACGCAAGGAGACAACAACGUGCACAAGCUUGGUCCCGACGAAGUGUCUGUGGAUGUUGAGGCAGUGAGGAGGGUCUAUAACAAACUGCUGGCCAAUGAGAAGAUAGAAACCGCCUUUCUUAAUGCACUGGUGUACUUGUCACCCAACGUGGAAUGUGACUUGACGUACCACAACGUGUACUCAAGGGAUCCCAAUUACCUGAACUUGUUUAUCAUAGUCAUGGAGAACAGCAACCUCCACAGCCCCGAGUACUUGGAGAUCGCCCUGCCUUUGUUUUGCAAAGCCAUGAGCAAGCUGCCGCUCCCUGCUCAAGCCAAACUGGUUCGACUGUGGUCACAGUACAGCGCGGAGCAGAUCCGUCGGAUGAUGGAGACCUUCCAGCAGCUUAUUACAUACAAAGUGAUCAGCAAUGAGUUCAACAGCCGCAACCUCGUCAACGACGACGAUUCUGUGGUAGCUGCCACAAAAUGCUUGAAAAUAGUUUACUAUGCAAAUGUCCUGGGAGGGGACGUGGACACUGACCACAAUGAGGAGGAGGAUGACGAGCCCAUCCCCGAGUCGAGUGAGCUGACCUUGCAGGAGCUCCUGGGGGAGGAGAGGAGGAACAAAAAGGGCCCCCGGGUGGACCCGCUAGAGACAGAGCUGGGCGUAAAGACUAUUGACUGCCGCAAACCACUCAUCCCCUUUGAGGAGUUUGUGAACGAACCACUGAACGAUGUGCUGGAAAUGGACAAGGACUACACCUUUUUCAAGGUCGAGACAGAGAACAAAUUCUCUUUUAUGACCUGCCCCUUUAUCCUCAAUGCUGUAACCAAGAACCUCGGACUCUAUUAUGACAAUAGAAUUCGAAUGUACAGUGAGCGGCGUAUCACUGUCCUUUACAGCCUGGUCCAGGGACAGCAGCUCAACCCCUAUCUACGGCUGAAGGUCAGGAGAGAUCACAUCAUUGAUGAUGCCCUUGUAAGACUUGAGAUGAUUGCCAUGGAAAAUCCUGCAGACUUGAAGAAACAGCUGUAUGUGGAAUUCGAAGGAGAGCAAGGUGUAGAUGAAGGAGGAGUUUCCAAAGAGUUCUUUCAACUUGUGGUAGAGGAAAUCUUCAACCCCGAUAUCGGAAUGUUCACAUAUGAUGAAACAACCAAACUGUUUUGGUUUAACCCUUCCUCAUUUGAAACAGAAGGCCAGUUUACUCUCAUUGGUAUUGUUCUGGGCCUUGCCAUUUACAAUAACUGUAUCCUGGAUGUGCAUUUUCCCAUGGUGGUCUACAGAAAAUUAAUGGGUAAAAAAGGAACCUUUCGGGACCUGGCAGAUUCUCAUCCGGUGUUGUUUCAGAGUUUAAAAGAGCUUCUGGAGUAUGAGGGCAGUGUGGAAGAAGACAUGAUGAUAACUUUCCAGAUAUCGCAAACUGACCUUUUUGGCAACCCUCUCAUGUAUGAUUUAAGGGAAAAUGGAGACAAAAUACCUGUUACUAAUGAAAACAGAAAGGAUUUUGUUACCCAGUAUGCAGAAUACAUCCUCAACAAAGCUGUCGAAAAGCAGUUUAAAGCCUUCCGAAGAGGGUUUCAUAUGGUCACAAAUGAAUCCCCUUUAAAAUAUUUAUUCAGGCCUGAGGAAAUUGAACUGCUUAUCUGUGGAAGCAGGAACCUAGACUUUCAAGCACUUGAAGAAACAACAGAAUAUGAUGGAGGCUACAACCGAGACUCUCGUAUUAUUAAGGACUUUUGGGAUAUAGUUCAUGCUUUUGGAGAGGAACAGAAGAGGCUCUUUUUACAGUUCACCACAGGCACGGACAGAGCUCCUGUCGGGGGGCUUGGCAAACUCAAGAUGAUUAUAGCCAAGAAUGGCCCAGAUACAGACAGGUUACCAACAUCCCACACUUGCUUUAAUGUCCUCCUGCUUCCCGAGUACACAACUAAGGAGAAACUGAAAGAGAGACUUUUGAAGGCCAUUACAUACGCCAAAGGCUUCGGCAUGCUGUAAAAGAUGCAUUGGUGUAAAGAGGGGAUAUUGCAAAGAACUAAUUGUUUUUGGAAGUUAUUGUCCCUAUAAGAAAAAAAGAAAACAAAAAACAAUCAAAAAAACGGCCAUGCAGUAGUGAGCUCCAGUAGUCUGUGUCUGUACCUCCCUUCCCUUCUGAGGGCAGUGGGCUUGAGCAACAACUUGUACUGUUUGUAUGAUCAAACUUUUUUUUUUCUCGUUUGUGUGAAUGUUACAUAUUCCUUCUCAUGUAUGUACAGAAAAGAUUUGUUUUUCCUUACUAUUUAUUUUAAGGGUUAAAUCAGUUUCCUACAACAUCUACUUGGAGUUGAGCCUUUUGUUUUUUCUUUUCUUUUUUUUUUUGUGCGGAGGGAGGGAUGGGAGUAUUUCAAAGAAGCGAAACUAUUCUCCCUGGGAAAUCUUGCCAUUAUUUGUAAGGCAAAAAGUAUCUUGUAGUCUCCAGCUCUGCCACCUUACCUUCUUUGUAACCUCAUUCGUUGUGGAGCUGUGGUGUUCUUCACCAGUCUGCUUUGGAUCUUCAAACAUUGGACAUGGUGUAAUAUGAAUAACUGCUGUUCUGGCCUCACUGAGACUCCAAAUUUUUCAUGAAUAAAGAUGGAAGGGAGACCUCGGAAUGUUAAGAAACUGAAGCUUUGAGAAUUUUUCUUUAGCCCCAGCACAAAAAAGAGCCCACAAAGCCUGUCUCACAGUUAUGUCCUUCUCAUAAGUCUAGUAAUUGCAAUAGUGUUUAUUACAUGUUGAUCAUUUGUAAAAGGUCUAACUUGUGCUUUGAAUUUUUACUCAAAAAAGAUGCAUUUUCAAGCAAACAGUACAGAGUGCUGCAGAGAAAAAAAAAGAUUGUUGUAUAAUCAUUAAGCGUGUGAAAGUGCACUUAUAAAAAAUGUUAGUGGAUUGUAUUAACUGCCUGUUAUCAUGAUUUUUUUGAACAUCAAUCACAAGUCUUCCCAGCUUUCCCUUGUUUUGACAGUAAGAGUUUCUUACUUACACAAGUUAUUGUCAGGAAAAAAAUAUUUUGAGGUAUCUAUGUUUAUGAUGUCACUGCAUUCAUUUGUAAUGCCAUUUGGUAAUUUGUGCUGCUGCUAUAGGCCAGUGUCCUGCAUCUUGCUUUAAAACUAAAAGGUGUUCUGUCUGGAAAGAAAAGGUUAUUAACAUCUUUAUUAACUGUGAAGUUUUUAAAUUCUGACUUUUUCGUUUUUUGGAAUUAGGAGAUAUUAGUUUACUUUAGUUUACUUUACUUUUUGGACCUUCUAAUUUCAAAUGCACAUUGGUCAAUUUUUAUUAUUUUCUGAGCCCCUAACAUGUGAGAAAUACUUUGAAGUAAAAGCAAAUAUGUACAUACUUUAAAAAUUGUGAGAGCCAAAUGUGAAUUUCCAUCCAAAUUUAGCUAUAAAUUUCUUUAUACCACUCAUCCACUGCACAGUUCCUCAGACACAGAUACUGGAAGGUGUGUAACAUUUACGGCACUAUACAAACAUUCAAUAUAUUAAGAACAGCAUGAAACAAUUUUCCAUAUUAGAUAUUCAGUGGGAAAAACAUAGUGACCUUACAUCAACAAUGUGCCCUGAUCCAUGUUUUCUGUAGCCCAACCUGUUAUCCUCAGAUGCUGUGUUUCUGCAAGUCCCAGAAAAAAUACAGCUCAGCAAAAAAGCAAAGUGUUUUUAAGUUUCUGAACUAAUCUGUAAGGGAAGUGAUUAAUGGUUCGUGAAUGGUUUAUUUCAACAGAUUUCGUCUAAAAAAAUGCGGCUAAAAAAGUAACACAUGGUGUGUAAACAAGUUGUUAAAUAAAAGUGACAGCGUUUUUCAUCA